AUGGCGGGCGGUCGGUCGAUCAAAGUCUCCUCCGUUGUGCAACCACGAAUCUCUCCGCCAGUAGUCGCUACCGCGCCUGGCAUUUCGGUGUCCCAAGAUGCCGUCUUCAACUCAUAUUCACGACGACCUGCAAAACGCCCUCGGUACCGUUCUGAUGACCUCCUCCUGCACUCCGCGAGCCACAGGACACUGGACUACACGGCACGAGAGGACAAGCCGAAAGAUGGCCAACCGCUUCUCAAACACUACAUAGGGCUCCUCGAUCCAACCACAGGCCAACUACAGCUCGCAGAAGCCAAGAAGAUGAUCGUGAGGGGCGCUGUACGGGCACAACAGGCCUCCGAGGAGGAGAUGCAGCCACAACUGUCAUCUCAGUCUAUGUACGAUCAACGCACCGAACUCGGCCAAGCUUUCGGCACCAAGAAAGCGAAGAAAGCGCUCGCCGCCGUGGUCGAGAAUGCCAUCAACCCGCAUAAGUCGAAGAUUAGCGACGGCGCGCAAAUACUUGACGCAUCCGAGAAGGCCCUCAUGGCUUCUAUGAAGGAUGUGGCCAUGAGCGUGCCGACACACGAGGACCUGCAGAGCGCUAUCGAUGCCGGCAAGCCGGUGCCCAGGGGCAACCUCGAAGCCGACGAGAUACAAGACGUGUACAAACCAGAGGAGCUCAUCGGCAGGGACGUACUGGAGCUGAUCCAGGUCAACGACUGGAUGCAGGCUGUCAAGAAGAACGAGGAUGUCAAGCUGCGGUCGCGGUUUGUGGCAAACCGGCUGAGGCGGAUCGGGUCGGGGGAGAAUGCGGUGGCCCGACUGCGGUUGUUAAGGUACACUUAUUUCUUGCUAGUGGUGUUGAUGACCUCUCGCAAGGGUAGGGACAAGGGCGCCAGGGAGAUCCUUAAGAAGGAUAAGCUUCAAGAAGAAUUGGCGCCUGCGCAGCCGCCCGUGAUCGAGAGCAUCCGCCGUAAGUUCACAGAGGGGGGUGUUAUGCGUAAGCCGCAUGUGGAUCUGCUCACGACACACCUGUGCGCAUUCGCGUGCAUACUUGAUAACUACGACACGAACACCUGGGAUCUGAAGGAGGAUCUCAAGCUGGAGCAGAAGGAAAUGAACCAAUUCUUCAUGGAGAUUGGUGCGAGGAUCAACAAGAGGAAGGUCGAGGAGGGCAGGACGGAUUGCUUUGGUGUGCUGAAGUUGCCGCUCGUGUUCCCGAAGAUGAGGCGGGGAAGACGGUGA